AUGGACGUGUUCAUGAAGGGCCUUUCCAUGGCCAAGGAAGGCGUCGUGGCUGCCGCGGAGAAAACCAAGCAGGGGGUCACCGAGGCCGCCGAGAAGACCAAGGAGGGUGUCCUCUACGUCGGAAGCAAAACCCGAGAAGGGGUGGUGCAAGGAGUGGCCUCAGUGGCUGAGAAAACCAAGGAGCAGGCAUCACACCUGGGAGGAGCCGUGUUCUCUGGGGCUGGGAACAUUGCAGCAGCCACAGGUCUGGUGAAGAAGGAGGAGUUCCCCACUGAUCUGAAGCCAGAGGAAGUGGCCCAGGAAGCUGCUGAGGAGCCGCUGAUUGAGCCACUGAUGGAGCCUGAAGGAGAGAGUUAUGAGGAACAGCCGCAGGAGGAGUAUCAGGAGUAUGAGCCAGAGGCGUAA